UCCUCACUCCAGUGGCUUUAACUCUCACCUGGAGGCACCUUAGCCAUCAGCAUUGCCAGCACACCUCUGAGGCUUGCCAUUGCCUCCAAUGGAGUCCAAAGAAGCCACUGGGAAAGACUAUGUGGGCAUUAAGAAGAAGAACCUGACCUUCUUGAGAUCCAGACUGUAUAUGCUGGAGAGAAGGAAGACUGACACUGUGGUGGAGAGCAGUGUCUCUGGGGACCACGCUGGUACUUUGAGGAGAAGCCAGUCUGACAGGACCGAAUACAACCAGAAAUUACAAGAAAAGAUGACCCCACAAGCUGAGUGUUCUGCGGCUGAGCUCUCAACCCCAGAGGAAGAGCAUCAGAUGAGAAAGAUGAUGGUGAAAAGGGCAAAAAUCAUCAAGGAGCUGAUCCAGACAGAAAGGGACUAUGUCACCGAUUUGGAGCUGUGCCUUAGGGAGGUGGUUCUGCCUCUGAGGAACAAACAGAUCGAUAGGCUGGAUGUGGAGAGUUUGUUUAGCAACAUUGAAUCUGUGCAUGAUAUAUCAGCCAAGCUGCUAUCCUUGUUGGAAGAGGCCACAACCAACGUGGAACCGGCUAUGCAAGUAAUAGGAGAGGUAUUCUUGCAGAUUAAAGCACCGCUGGAAGAUAUUUAUAAAAUCUACUGCUAUCACCACGACGAAGCACAUAGUGUACUGGAGUCCUAUGAAAAGGAGGAAGAGCUGAAGCAACAUUUGAGCCAGUGUAUCCAGUCCUUAAAGAAAAUAUAUAUGCAAGAAGGCAAACCAAACCUAUUGGAUAUGGGCUCUUUGAUGAUCAAACCAAUCCAGCGUGUGAUGAAAUACCCACUACUGCUAUGUGAGCUUCGGAAUUCUACCCCUUCCUCACACCCUGAUUACAGGGCACUAGAGGAUGCUUUUGCUGCUGUGAAGGACAUUAACGUGAACAUUAAUGAACUCAAAAGAAGGAAAGACUUAGUUCUGAAAUACAAGAAGAACGAUGAGGAUGAAUCACUUAAAGACAAAUUGUCCAAACUAAAUAUUCAUUCAAUUAGCAAGAAAUCAAAAAGAGUGACAAAUCAUCUAAAGAUUCUGACAAGAGGAGAAUCACAGGUAAAAGAUAGUACCUUUAACAGAGAAGAAAAGCUAUUUAGAGCUUUAGAGAAGACAGUGAGGCACUGUAUGAAGAACAUUUCGUUUUGUCUUCAGCACAUACAGGAUGCUGUGCCCUUUGCUCUUCAGAGUGUGACACAGCUCCAAGAGAUUUCAUACAACAAAGAUGAGGAGGAGGAGAGGAACUCCUCAGAGACCCCAAAGAAUGCCCUAAAUCCUUGUCAGGACUUUGCAGCUCUCUUGCACAGGCACGUCCUCAUGCCCCUGACAGCCCUGCUGUCCUUAUUCCCAGGGCCUCAGAAGCUCAUCCAGAAACGCUACGACAAGCUGCUAGACUACAAUAGCUUCCUGCAGCGGGCAGCGGGAGAUGAGUCAGAUUUGGCCAAAAAGGAGUACGAGGCCCUCAACGCCCAGCUUGUAGAAGAGCUCCAGCCAUUCAACCAGGCUGCUCGGCAGAUUCUGCUGAAUUGCCUGUGUAGUUUCAUCACCCUCCUCAGGGACCUGAUGCUCAGGGCACAGAGAGCGUACUCCACAGAUGUGCAGGUGCCACUCUUGGUCUCAAGCAUCUCUGAGAUCCAAAAUCGAGUACUGGAAGAAGUUCACACUCUGAAUUUUGUGAAGGACAACAGUGCCACCUUUAUUGAGAGGAAACUUAGUUUUGAAAAGAAAAAGCCUAUGCAGAUUCUGCCAGAAGUGCCACGCCAAACUGACAUUCACCGCUGCAAACUUCAGUCUACAUACGGCACGGAGGAUCUCUACCAAGCCAAGCGCAAGUGCAAUGCCACACAGGAAUUUGACAUCAAUCUUCUGGAAGGAGAGUUGGUGGCAGUGCUGGAACAGAAAGACCCUCUGGGGAGUACCAGCAGGUGGCUUGUUGACACAGGACUUGUCAAAGGAUAUGUGUAUUCCUCCUUCCUAAAACCCUACAAUCCAGCUAAAGUGCAGAAGGUGGAUGCUGAGAAUAGGUUCUGUGAUGAGGAUUUUGACAACAUCAGCCUCUUUGUGUCUUCACGGCCAGCUACUGACAGCGUCACGGGCACACCAGAGGGCAGCGCAAGUGACAGCAGCUCAUCCCUGAGUGGCACUGGUGGAAAGUUAGAGACAAAUGGCAUUGAUGGUGACAGUUUCCAAGAGGUUGAUGAACAGAUUUUCUAUGCAGUUCAUGCUUUUCAAGCUCGGAGUGACCAUGAACUCAGUCUUCAGGAGUACCAAAGAGUCCAUAUACUUAGAUUUUGUGAUCUAAGUGGAAAUAAAGAGUGGUGGUUAGCUGAAGCUCAAGGCCAGAAAGGCUAUGUGCCAGCUAACUACCUUGGAAAGAUGACUUAUGCUUAAGAAAAUAAGCCUCUGACCUUCAUUUCCUGGCAAGGUGCUGAUUGACUACCUCAUAAAACUGACAUUCUCAACCAGAAAGCAAGAAACUUCCAAGCUGCAUUAACAAAUAAGGUGGCAAGUCUUAAGGAAGACUAUACUUGCUAAUAGCAUUGUUUCCUAAAUGUAUACAUGUUGCAGGGAAUACUAAACUAACAGAAAGAGCAAAGCAAACAGCUCAGGCUCAUACCAUAAACUACAAGGUACAGAUCUUUUGAAAUAGCACAUUUCCCUUUAGCAUCAUGAAAGGCUAGUUCUAAGGACAAGG